AUGACCUCGUUGGGCGAGGACCUCCUGGUCACUGUGAAUAAGCUCCAGGACUUGGUCUUCAACACCAUUGGAAAUGACUCGCUCGAUUUGCCUCAGAUUGUGGUCGUCGGCUCUCAAUCGUCCGGCAAGUCGUCGGUCCUGGAGAAUAUCGUCGGUCGAGAUUUCCUACCACGCGGCAGCGGCAUCGUCACUCGACGUCCGUUGAUUCUACAGCUCAUCAAUAUCCCUAGCGAGCGUGACGACAGACCGGAAAAUGACGAAAUUCACGUCCCGCACACAGCCGCCAGCGUGGCCGGCCAACAUGAAUGGGCCGAGUUCCACCACCAGCCCGGCCGCAAGUUUGAGGAUUUCCAACAGGUGAAGCAGGAGAUCGAGACCGAAACGGCGCGAAUUGCGGGCAGCAACAAGGGUAUCAACCGGCAGCCAAUCAACCUGAAAAUCUUCUCUCCUCAUGUCCUCAACCUCACCCUGGUGGAUCUUCCCGGUCUCACCAAGGUACCUAUUGGCGACCAACCUUCCGAUAUCGAGAAGCAAACCCGCACCCUGAUUCUUGAAUACAUUGCGAAGCCGAACAGCAUAAUUCUCGCGGUCUCUCCGGCCAACGUGGACCUGGUCAACUCGGAGGCUCUGAAGCUCGCCCGCCAGGUGGACCCCAUGGGAAGGAGGACGAUUGGUGUCCUUUCAAAGCUGGACCUAAUGGACCAUGGUACCAACGCCAUGGACAUUCUGUCCGGCCGUGUGUAUCCUUUGAAGCUGGGAUUCAUCGGUGUAGUCAACCGAUCCCAACAAGACAUUCAGUCUGGCAAGGAGCUGGCAGAGGCCCUGCGGGCUGAGACUGACUUCUUCCGUCACCACCCCGCCUAUCGCAACAUGGCCAACCGAUGUGGAACCCACUUCCUGGCCAAGACCUUGAACUCGACUCUCAUGGCUCAUAUCCGAGACCGGCUCCCGGAUAUCAAGGCUCGCCUGAACACCCUGAUGGGCCAGACCCAGCAGGAACUGGCUAGCUACGGCAACAAGCAGUUCAGUGGAAAGGAACACCGCGGAUCAUUGAUUCUUCAGUUGAUGACCCGCUUUGCCUCAUCCUUCAUUUCGUCCAUUGACGGUACAUCCUCGGAAAUCUCGACCAAGGAGCUCUGUGGUGGUGCGAGAAUCUACUACAUCUUCAAUGAGGUGUUCGGCAACUCCCUGGAAACCAUCGAUCCUACACAUAACCUGACCGUCUCCGACAUCCGGACGGCCAUCCGCAACUCGACCGGUCCCCGACCCAGCCUCUUCGUGCCUGAGCUGGCUUUCGAUUUGUUGGUCAAGCCGCAGAUCAAGCUCCUGGAAUCCCCCGCCCAACGAUGUGUGGAGCUGGUGUAUGAGGAGCUCAUCAAGAUCUGCCACACCUGCGGCUCGCAGGAACUCCUACGAUUCCCCCGUCUCCAGGGCAAGCUCAUUGAGGUGGUUUCUGAUCUUCUCCGUGAGCGUCUGGGACCUUGCUCAACCUACGUGGAGUCUCUCAUUUCGAUCCAAAGAGCGUAUAUCAACACCAACCACCCCAAUUUCCCCGGUGCCGCUUCCGCCAUGCAAUCCAUCAUCCAGAAUCGACAGGACGAGGAGCGCAAGGCUGUUCUGGCCGAGGAGAAGAGAAAGCGCGAGAAGCGCCGGAUGAAGGAGCUCGGUGCAGCCAACGGAACAGCUGGCACGCCCGAGGACGAGGAAGCACAGAAUGACAAGCAUAACCUCCCUAUCCGAAGCCAAUCUGCCAAGGGCGCUCGAAGCAUGUCACCCAGUGUUGGUCGUAACACGGAGAACGGAAUUUCCGCAGCUCUGAACGGCAGUGCGAACCACCCGGCUGGCUUCGGUGCCUCGCACACUACCCGUGAUUCCUUCUUGAACUAUUUCUUCGGUAAAGAGGGUGGUAUUCAGCACUCCCCGUCGCAGGCUGCAUUGAACCGGGCAGCUCACGCGAGCGAGCCCAGCAUCAGCCAGAGCAUCCGUCGGGCCGAGGUGCGAUCGCCUAUGAUGCCCGUGGAGGAAUACCCUGCCUCCAUGGAUUACGGGAGUGACACGACUGUUUUCGUGAGUGAUACACCGCAAUCAUCCUCUGAAACCCGACUAAUCUCGUCACAGCCCAACGAGAACGCGGAACCCACCCUUACCGACCGCGAGAUGCUCGAGACCGAGCUGAUCCGCCGCCUCAUCUCUUCUUACUUCCAUAUCGUGCGCGAAACCAUUGCGGACCAGGUCCCCAAGGCCAUCAUGCACCUGCUGGUCAACCACAGCAAAGAUGUCGUGCAGAAUAGACUUGUUAGCGAACUCUAUAAAGAGGAUCUCUUCGGCGAGCUGCUUUACGAAGACGACGGCAUCAAGGCCGAGCGCGAGAAGUGCGAGCGCCUGCUGGAGACAUACAAGGAGGCCGCAAAGAUCGUGGGUGAAGUGUUAUAG